GAUAUUACCAGCUUGCUUCAUACCAUCUAUGAGGUAGUUGAUGCAUCAGUAAACCAUUCUCCUAGUUCCAGCAAAACUCUGCGAGUGAAACUUACUGUGGCACCAGAUGGCAGCCAGAAGAAAAAGAGUCUCUUGUUAAAUCAUGCUGAUUUGCAGAGUGCCAGGCAGAGAGCUGAAAGCAAAGCUAAUGAAGAAGUAAGAAGCUCUGAGAAGAAGCAGCGGGCUUCUCUCAGAUAUCACCAGAGUGAGAACAAUCCAGAGCAAAGUGGGUGCUAUCGUCAUUGUGUUGAUGAGAACAUUGAAAGGAGAAACCACUAUUUGGAUCUUGCAGGAAUAGAAAACUACACAUCAAAGUUUGGUCCAGGAUCUCCUCCAGCAGCUCAAAAACAUGACGCACCAAGCAGAGUUGUGAAUCAGACUAGAUCCCGUUCUCAUGAACCUGAAACCUUCCAUGCUCACCAUAGGAAGUCUCAACUGGUAGAUCCAAGCCACAUCAAUCCGGCUGAAAGUUCCUAUGCCAAGAUUGCAGAAAUCCAACAGAGGCUCCGGAACCAGGACUCAAACAAGCACUUUGUGAGGUCUCCCAAGGCCCAAGGCAAAAACGUUGCCCCUGUGCAUCCUGGAAGGGCAAUUAGAAAUAAACCUUUUCAAGGGGCACCCAUGCCAAUGGCUUCCCCAAGUGCGCGGGUGGGUCAGAAUCUUCCUUACCUCCCCUUGCAGUCUCAACAGGUUCACAAGAAGCAUAAGCAGAGGGCAAAGGAGAAUCACCAAAUGUGCAAAAGCUUCCAGUCUCCAGGGACAGUUGUGGAAAAGGAGCAUGUGAGAGACCUGCCUACAGUCAUUUUGUAUGAAGGCCAAGUUGGACAAAUGAUACAAAGACAUGAACACCACCACCACCACGAGCACCACCACCACUACCAUCACUUCUACCAGACAUAG